AUGUUGAAUUAUGAGGUGGAAGAGCGCAAUUUUUUGGCUGCCCUCGGGUACAGCCAAGCUGGCUGUACCCCUAAUCAAACGACGUCGUGUGAUGCGGUGAAUAAGGAAGUAAGUGUUUUUGUUGAAGGGUCAGAAUCUAUGUUAAUGAUGAAGGAAGUUAAAAAUGAAGACGAAGCUUAUGAUUUGUAUAAUGAAUAUGCUUUUAGUAAAGGUUUUGGUAUUAGGGUUGGGAAAGGUCGGAAGCGUCAAAACAGUGAAUUUUAUACUAUGAAACGGUUCUUGUGUAGCUGCGAAGGGAUUAAAGAUGAAAAAAGGAAGAGAACAAGGUCUUAUGCUAGAUUGGAUACGCGUACUGGGUGUACUGCUUUUGUUCAGUUUUCUAUUGGUAAAGAUGGUGUAUGGACGGUUGUGAAUCAUAAUAUGAUUCAUAAUCAUGCUAUGGUUCCUCUAAAUAAGAGGCAUUUGAUAAGAUCACAAAUGAAGGUUAGUAAGGAGGCUCUUUACUUUAUGUCUACUUUAAAAGCUAGUGGUGUUAAAGUGUCUGAUACCUUGAGGGUUUUGAGGAAAGAAGUAGGCGGAUCACCUAUGGUCGGUUUUACAGCUAGUGAUGCUUAUAAUGCUUUAUCACAUGCAAAAGCUAAUAAACUUGAAGGUCAUGACUGUCAUCAGUUAAUCAAGUAUUUUGCUCAGAGAAAUUCCAGUGAAGAAGGUUUUUAUUAUGACUUUGAGCUUAGUGAAGAAGAGGGACUUUUAAGUUUCUUUUGGCGUGAUGGUCGGAUGAAGAGAGAUUAUGAUUAUUUUGGGGAUUUAUUGGUUUUUGAUACUACUUAUAGGACCAAUAAAUAUGAUAUGAUUUGUGCUCCUUUUGUUGGUAUGAACCAUCAUUCUAAUAAUGUUAUGUUUGGAAUGGGUUUUGUUAUCAAUGAAAAAACCGAAUCUUUUAAUUGGCUUUUUCAAACUUUCCUUACAUCCAUGGGUGGAAAUCCCCCAAUAACCAUUAUGACAGACCAAGCUCCAUCCAUUGCUGCUGGGAUAAGGAAUGUUUUUCCAGAUGCUAGACAUAGAUUAUGUACGUGGCAUAUUGGGGAGAAUUCAAAGAAGCAUAUUGGGCAAAUGUUGACUCACUAUAAAUGCGUUGAAAAUCCAUGGUUGAAGAAUUUAUAUACAAUUAGAGAGAUGUGGUGUCCUGCUUAUUCUAAGAAUUAUUGGUCUGGUGGUGUGUUAUCAUCACAGCGAUGUGAAACUACCAACAAGUCAGUUUCCCAUCGACUUGAUAAGACACAAGGGUUAUGUGAUUUUUAUCAUGUUUUUUUGGAUGUUAUUUCUGAUUGGAGGAGCAAAGAGAAUGGUCAUGACUACAGAAAUUGGAAAGGUAGACCAGAAGUUGCAGCUGCAAAUUGCGGAAUUCUUCUUCAUGCGAGAAAGAUUUACACUAUAGAAGCAUAUGUUUUGUUUGAAGAACAAUUUCUUAAAGGGAUGGCAUGUUCUUAA